GCGCGACACAGACCCUCGUGGUCGUGGCACAGGGCACAAAGCCUGGCACACUCGCCUAGACAAUGCCAAAGCCUUCUCCGGGCCCUGCCCCCCAGGAUGGUGAUGCCUUCGCUGAAGCUUCAGGACCUCAUCGAGGAGAUCCGCGGGGCCAAGACGCAGGCCCAGGAGCGGGAGGUCAUCCAGAAGGAGUGCGCCCACAUCCGCGCCUCCUUUCGGGAUGGGGACCCCCUGCUCCGGCACCGCCAGCUGGCCAAGCUGCUCUACGUCCACAUGCUGGGCUACCCCGCCCACUUUGGGCAGAUGGAGUGCCUGAAACUGAUCGCCUCCCCCAGGUUCUCAGACAAGAGGGUGGGCUACCUGGGGGCCAUGCUUCUGCUGGAUGAGAGACAGGAUGCCCACCUGCUCAUUACCAACAGCAUCAAGAAUGACCUGAGCCAGGGGGUUCAGCCAGUUCAGGCUCUGGCCCUGUGUACGCUGAGCACCGUGGGCUCAGCCGAGAUGUGCCGGGACCUGGCCUCAGAGGUGGAAAAACUGCUCCUGCAGCCCAGCUCCUACGUACGCAAGAAGGCCGUGCUGACUGCGGUGCAUAUGAUUCGGAAGGUCCCUGAGCUCUCCAACAUCUUCCUCCCACCCUGUACCCAACUACUUCGAGAGCGCCACCACGGCAUCCUCCUGGGCACCAUCACGCUGAUCACGGAGCUCUGCGAAAGAAGCCCUGCAGCCCUUAAGCACUUCCGGAAGAUGGUACCCCAGCUGGUGCAGAUCCUCCACACUCUGGUGACAUCAGGGUGCUCUACCGAACACAGCAUCUCGGGAGUCGGCGACCCCUUCCUGCAGGUCCAGAUACUUCGUCUGCUUCGGAUUCUGGGCCAGAACCACGAGGAGAGCAGUGAGGCCAUGAAUGACCUGCUGGCCCAGGUGGCCACCAACACGGAUACUAGCAGGAACGCAGGCAGCGCAGUCCUGUUUGAGACGGUGCUCACCAUCAUGGACAUCCGCUCUGCGGCUGGCCUGCGGGUCCUAGCCGUCAACAUUCUUGGCCGAUUCCUACUCAACAGCGACAAGAACAUUAGGUAUGUGGCCCUGACGUCGUUGCUGCGGUUGGUGCAGUCUGACCACAGCGCUGUGCAGCGGCACCGGCCCACUGUGGUGGAGUGUCUGCAGGAACCUGAUGCCUCCCUUAGCCGGCGGGCCCUGGAAUUGAGCCUGGCUCUGGUGAACAGCUCCAAUGUGCGAGCCAUGACCCAGGAGCUGCAGAGCUUUCUGGAAGUCUGUCCCCCUGACCUGCGGGCCGACUGUGCGUCGGGCAUCCUGUUGGCUGCGGAGAGGUUUGCCCCCACCAAGCGGUGGCACAUAGACACGAUCCUGCGCGUGCUGACAAUGGCAGGCACCCAUGUGCGGGAUGAUGCCGUAGCCAACUUGACCCAGCUGAUUGGUGGAGCCCAGGAGCUGCAUGCCUAUUCUGUGCGCUGUCUCUACAGCGCCCUGGCAGAAGACAUCUCCCAGCAACCGCUGGUCCAGGUGGCUUCCUGGUGCAUCGGGGAGUACGGGGACCUCCUGCUGGAGGGGAGCUGUGAGGAAACGGAGCCUCUCCAGGUGGAAGAGGAGGAGGUGUUGGCGCUGCUGGAGAGGGUGCUGCAGUCCCACCUGUCCCUGCCGGCCACCCGGGGCUACGCCCUCACCGCCCUCAUGAAGCUCAGCACCCGGUUCCGCGGGGACAACAACCGCAUCCGCCAGGUGGUGUCCAUCUACGGGAGCUGCCUGGAUCUGGAACUGCAGCAGCGCGCUGUGGAGUACAACGCUCUCUUCCGGAAGUACGACCACAUGAGGGCUGCCAUCUUGGAGAAGAUGCCCCUGGUGGAGCGGAGUAGCCCUCAGGCUGAAGAGCAGCCCGAGGAGGAAGGCCGAGGAGCCUCCCCUACCCCCACAGAGCCCAAGGCCUCAGAGCUCUUGAACCUGCUCGAUCUGCUGGAUGACAGUUCUGGGGGUGCCCAGCAUCCUGCUCCCCAAAGUCCCUCCCCGGGAGAUGCUGUUGGAUGCCUCCCUGCCAUGCCUGGGGCUCCUCCACCACUGGCCCCCAUCCCAGACCUCAGAGUGUUCGAGCGCCAGGGACUGCGGCUGACUCUGUCUUUCGAGCGACCCUCUGGCGUCCCUGCCCUGCUUUUAAUCACAGCCACUGCCACCAACUCUUCAGGGAGUGACGUCACCCACUUCGUCUGCCAGGCUGCUGUGCCCAAGAGUUUCCAGCUGCAGCUACAGGCCCCUAGUGGGGACACACUUCCAGCUCAGGGCAGCCUUCCCAUCACCCAGCUCCUCAGAGUCCUCAAUCCUACCAAGGCUCCCUUGCGGCUAAAACUGCGCCUCACCUACAACCACUUUGGGCAGUCGGUGCAGGAGGUGUUUGAGGUGAACAACUUGCCCGCGGAGACCUGGCAGUAGCAAGCUCGGUUUCGUGGCCUCCACUCCAGCUGCUUGGAGCCUGCGCCCGAGGGCUACCAGCAGGUGGCGCUGUGGCCCGUGCUUCCAUAGGGCCCGCCCCCUCCCCCACCGAUCCUGAAAGCCCAGUGGAAGGGGAGGGGGGGGCGAGAGCCAUACUGGGGUCUAUUUGAGAUUUAAAACGUCUACGCCUACCAUAAAGGGAAGAAGUGUUCUCACACAGGAA